GGACCUGUCCUAAUAAAAAAAAAACUGAAAAAUGAAAGUAUAUAUGAUAAUUUAUGCAUUAAGGCUGGUUAAAAGUCUACUUUAUCCCGUUUACUUUACCCGUGGAGAAGUUCCAUUCAUUACACAUAAAAUCAACCUGACUUCAAGUGCAACCUUUGCAAACAACAAGGAAUAAGAAAAUCGGUUAAGAUAUGAUGGAUUAAGGGAGAAACAGGAGAAAGAGCACCAAUAUUGUCAUUGCCGAUCCCGAAAGGACUGCAUUAUAUUUUAUCGGGCUCAAACUAUUUUAAAAACAACUUAGUCCGCGUGGACUGAUUGGUUUUUUACAAAUCCUGGAUUUCGGGCAUAAAAUAAACUGUAUCCGUUUCAGGUAUGCAAGAAAUCAGCUCUAUACCAAAUUUAUGAUGCCCGGUACUUCUUUCAAGUUAGGUUUUUUAUAAAUCCCAUGGGAACUCUUGGAGUUAAGUAUGAUUAAUGCUUAAGAAACUGAUAAAAUUAACUGAACUGGUUUUAAAAUAUUGUACGAUAGUACAAUAUUUUAAAGCUUUGAAUAAUGAAGAUUUCUGCUUUCUUCACUCAUACAAACUCAUAGAUAAAAUUGUCAUAGGUAUCAUAUUAUAUUUAUCGCACCCUUAACAAACUACUCAUUUUAAGUAGGUAAUUACUACAGGUAAAUGUUUAAGAGUUACCGUUAUCAAUCAAGACAGUUGUUUCUAUAUGAUUACUAGUUUCUGAAAAUAUUUAAAUAAAUAAUGUCUCGCUUAGUGAUUAUAUUUUGCAUUAUUUGUUCAAUAACUAAUUCAAGUGUGUCUUCAAAAAUAUUAGCAGUGUUUCCUGUCCCUUCAGUGAUAACUAGUCAAGUAGUGUUGCGACCUUUAAUUCAAGAAUUAGUAAAACGCGGUCAUGAAGUAGUAGUGAUUACAGCAGACCCGGUUUUUCCAAAAGGGCAAUCUCCUCAAAAUUUAACUGAAAUCGAUAUCCAUUAUUUGACUUACAAAACGUGGGAUGAUUUCUUAGAAGCUGUACAAGGAAAAGAUUAUGUGACUCCUGAACUUAUACGUAGAUUUUUAAAUAUAACUUUAAAUGUAUUCAAAGCACUAGUUAACUCUGAGGAAAUCCAAGAAAUCUUAAAUGAUAAAGACAGAAGUUUUGAUUUAUUGCUUGUAGAAGCUUGCAUGAGACCAGCUUUGAGUUUCGCACACCGAUACAAUGUACCAGUUAUAGAAUUCAAUUCAUUGGAUGGCGUUUUUAGAAAAUUUGAUAGUACAGAAACGCCGGCGGAUUUUUUUCUGUAUUCUUUGCCAUUAUGUCUGAGAUUCCCUGAUCUGACUUCAUGGAAGCAAAUUUUAGAAGCAUACAAUAAUAAUAAUAAAGAGAUCCAAGAAGACUAUAAUAAACAUGUGGAAACAGAAGAUGUAAUAGUGAGAAGCAUAUUUGGGCCAGAAGUACCUAGUUUAAGUGAACUGAAAAAACAAGUGCAAUUGAUAUUUUUGAAUGUAAAUCCUAUAUGGGAUAGAUCUGAUCCACCUAACAAUACAGAUAGAUCCGUUCUAACUAAUAUAAUAUACUUGGGAAUAAUUCACCAGAAGUCUAAUAAACUGUUGCUGAAGCCUAUCAAAACAUACCUUGACUCAUCUAAAAAUGGCGUAAUAUACGUGAAUUUUGGUACUAACAUAUCAUCAUUAUUAUCAGCAGAAAAAUGGAAAAGUAUCACAAAUGUAUUUUCUCAACUGUCCUAUGACAUUGUAUGGAAAUGGGAUACAAACUUGGAUGAAGUGUUUAAUUUAUCCAAGUACACAGAAGAACUAAUGAGUUUGGAAAACGUUAAGAUUUUUGAAUGGUUACCACAGUCAGAUUUAUUAAAACAUCCCAAAGUGAAAUUAUUUAUAAACCAAGGUGGCAUACAGUCAAUCGAUGAAGCUUUGACAGCCGGUGUACCAUUGAUAAUUGUAAUACCAUUUCGAAACCAUAGCUUGUUUACUGCUGGACAGAAUGUACUAGACAAUGGAAUAUAUCUUGAUAUAGAAACAAUUACUGAAGCUAAAUUAAAAAAUGUCAUUAAAACUACUAUUCAGAAUAACACUUACCGUGACAAUGUGGCAAAACUGCAGCUGCCAAUAGAACGUGCACUAUGGUGGAUCGAGUAUGUGCUGCGUCACGGUGGAGUGAUGCAUCUGCGAUCCGAACCCACGAUCUUGACUGAUUGUUACACUCAAGUUAGUCUACUUGUCAGACUUGUGAUGGUAGUAUUCGCUGUGAUCGUAGCAGUCAUAUUGAUGAUGUCCGUUGUAAUGUGUAUUGGUCGUUUCAUAUAUUAUAAUAGAGAGUAUUAUUUAUUAAAGGCGUAAACACGCACCAUAUGAAAAGCUUUCUUAGUUAUUCUUAUACAAACACCCUUAUCGUGAACCAAAAAAUAAGAAUUAUAAAAAAAAAGUUUUUAUGAUUUUCAAAUUUCGACUUUAUAGCUUAGUAUAUUCUGAAUAAGCUGGCAAUGUUAUAUAAAAAACACAAAACAGACAGAAUUCAUUGUUUUGCUAUGAAACUCUAAAUAGAAAUAUUAAAUUAAGUUGAAAACAAUGUGGUAAAAUUUUAUGUUCGAAUAUCUUAUGCUUUGGUACUUGUAACUGUAAUUUUUAAAGUAAAUAAGUAACUUUGGUCAGCAUGUUAGUCUGGCCACUCAACGAGGUAACGCAGCCAGCGUUCUGGGGCACCCUGCCUCGUUACAGUGAUUUGGAUGAUAUUUUUUUUUUGUAUU